GAAAGAAGCGCACAGGAGACCGGCGAAUGCGCCGUGAAGGCGACGACGAUGACGAGGUCGCGUCUGUGGCAUCGGUGGAAAGGCGUGGGACGUUCGUGUCGGACGACGGCGAGUUCUAUGAAGGCUAUUCAAAGAAUGUGGACGACGAGCAGGAGAUCGACGAUGCUGUCGAGGAGCUGACCGAGAAGAGAACAACGACACGCGUCGCCGCUCUCGAGAAACUGACCGCACACCUGCUGCAGUACCUGUCGCCUGAAGACGUGAGUGAGAGCUUCAUGGACAACGUGCUUGGGUGCCUUCGUAAGCCUUCUGAAAGCGAGGCAGUAUUAGGAUCUCGUAUCCUGGCAAUCAUGGCAAUCAUCUUCGGAGAGGAUGAGGAACGUUUUUUCCAGCGAUCGAAAAAUGUGCUGAAGCCAUUGGUCAAGACAGCCAGAAACGCAAAAAUUAAGGUUUCGACUAUCCGCGCGCUUGGACUGAUCUGCUUCGUGUGCAGUGUUGAAGAAGAGAACACAAAGGACCUUUUGGAACUUUUCGAGACAUUUUUCAACCCAAAAAUCAUUGGCGACAUCUGUAAAGCCGCUCUCGACUCGUGGGGACUUGUCGCAUCCUCGCUGUCGGAUGAGAUGCUGGCCAGCGACAUAUUGCUGGAAAGACUGGUGCCGAAGUUUCUUGCCUUGCUAGAUCACAAGGAUGUUGAAGUUCGCUCAGCUGCUGGUGAGAAUGUAGCCGUCCUGUACGAAAGCGCACAGAAUUGCGGUGUCCCGUUACCCUACAGCGAAGAGAUCCUAGAUCGCUUUUUAGAAAUGAGCAAGGACAGCAGCAAGAAGAACAGCAAGAAGGAUCGCAAGACCCAACGAGUUGUUUUCAGAGACAUUCACUCGACUCUUGCAAGCGGAGAAACUCCGCACGUUUCAUUUUCGGUGAAGAACGAGGUGCUGGAGAUCAGCUCGUGGAAAUCUGUCAAACAAUUUGAAGCGAUGAAGGAGUGUCUGCAGACUGGUCUUCAGGAACACAUCAAGUACAACAAUAUACUUCGCGCGAUGCUGGACCUACCGGAGACUUUGGAAGACCGCAAAGUGGACAGGCGCGAUGUCUUCAACAAGAAAUCUGCUUCAAGGAAGCAACGCAGCAAUGAACUGAAGGGGGACCGUAAGCGGAAGCAGCAUAUGCAGGAUGCUUUUUAUGAUGACGGCUUUUAA